CUUGGAUCUAAAGAAAACCUCGAUUUCGCAAGUAAAUUAUCUAGUAAGAUAGAUAAUAUACUUGAAGUAAGCUUGGAUCCCUGUAACAAUGAAACAAGUUACAAGGUCAAAUAUGAAGAGUUUCAUAUAUUUUCUAUGAGUGAGGUGAUAGUAACAGAUCUGAUAGGAGCAACAUAUAAUAAAGAUGAUAGAUAUAAUGAAGAAGGCAACAGAUAUGAUAAAUGCAAUGGAUAUAAUAAAGGUGACAGAUAUAAUGAAGGUGAUAGAUAUAAAAAUAAUCAUAAACAAACCUCUACAAUUAAAAAGCAAUAUAAAAUAGAAAUUUAUUUAGAAAAACAUAAAGCAGUACUUAAAAAUAAAGAAGGAAGUACCACACUAGAGCCAAUUAGUUAUACUUACAUUAAAGAAUUAGCAAAUAAAAUCCAAUGGCCCAAAUUUAUACUCAUAAAUCUAGAAGAUGCAAUGGUUGGUUCAGUAAGUUCGCUAGGCUUUUUAAUAGAGUAUGAAGUAUUUGAAAAUAAGGUUCUUAAAGGAAAUAGGCUAAAAGUUGCAGAGCUAUAUUAUAAGUUUCUACUAUUAGAAACAGGUCUUCUAGUAGUUGCUCCUUUUUUUGAUUCAAAUUUAGAAUCUGAUGAAGUAACAAUUCAAAUGCCUGGAUUUUCUAGUAAUAUAUUAGCUAGAAAGCUUCAAACAUAUACAACAUCUGGACCAUGUUUAGUUAAAUUAUUAGAAACACUUAAUAACAAUUGGGUAUUAUAUGAUCUUAUAGAUGAUAUUACAAUUAUAUG